AACACGCUCUGGCAUGGAGAUUCUUACAUUCAAUAUUGCAACAUGUCAUGGUGUUGCAAAUUUGAGGUGGAAAUUAGUUGAUAAAAACUCAAAUUCAUGUAAAUUAAAGAUCCCUGCUAGUAUGAAAGCUCGAGUUUUAUGUGCUAGGGUUGAUCACAGAAUUGGGUCAUUGAGAUUUUCUUGUGUUAAUAAGUUAUUUUUAGGGAAUCCUGAUCAAGGGAAAGUUUCUAGGUCACUGAAUUUUCCUGAAGGCUUAAAGGUUGUUGAUUCAAAGGUUUUGAGUGGAGACUAUAAUAGUUAUGUGAUUCAUAGAGAUGAAGAUGUGGAGAGUACUUCAGGAAGUGGAGAAUCAACGACCAAGGUUUUGAUUCCUGGGUUACCCGAUGAAUCUAGGGGUGAAUGUAGUGCACCCAUAAAUAGUUGUUGGGAAUGGAAGCCUAAGCUAAAUGUGCAUUAUGAGAAAGCGGGGUGUCAAAAUGUGAAAUCUCCACCAGUUCUGUUUCUUCCUGGUUUUGGCGUUGGUUCCUUUCAUUAUGAAAAUCAAUUGAAGGAUUUGGGCCGUGAGUAUAGAGUAUGGGCAAUUGAUUUUCUAGGGCAAGGCAUGUCCUUGCCAAUUGAGAAUCCAACUACAAAGUUGAAGGAAGGAGAUAUCUUAGAGGGAAAGAAUUCCAUUUGGGGAUUUGGAGAUGAAACUGAACCAUGGGCCAAUGAACUUGCCUAUUCAAUGGAUUUAUGGCGGGAUCAAGUUUCAUAUUUCAUAGAAGAGGUCAUUGGUGAACCAGUUUAUAUUGUGGGGAACUCACUAGGAGGAUAUGUUGCUCUAUACUUUGCAGCAAGCAAUCCUCAAUUAGUGAAAGGUGUUACAUUGCUUAAUGCUACCCCUUUCUGGGGAUUCCUUCCUAAUCCUACAAGGUCUCCAGCACUGGCAAGAUUAUUUCCAUGGUCUGGAACAUUUCCUCUACCUCCUAGUGUGAGAAAGCUCAUUGAGUUAGUUUGGCAGAAAAUAAGUGAUCCCAAGAGUAUAGCGGAGAUACUUAAACAGGUUUAUGCAGAUCAUUCUACAAAUGUUGACCAAGUGUUUUCUCGUAUUCUUGAAAUAACACAACAUCCUGCUGCUGCUGCAUCAUUCGCUUCAAUUAUGUUUGCUCCCCAGGGACAACUAUCAUUUGAGGAAUGUUUAAUGAGAUGUAAAAUGAACAAUCUCCCCAUAUGUCUCAUGUAUGGAAAAGAAGACCCAUGGGUGAAGCCCAUCUGGGGCCUUAAGGUGAAACGGCAGGUGCCUGAAGCUCCAUAUUAUGAGAUCAGCCCAGCUGGACACUGCCCUCAUGAUGAAGUUCCCGAGGUUGUGAAUUACUUGCUUCGUGGGUGGAUUAACAACAUCGAGUCUCAUGGUUCGAGUGCACUGCCUUUGCUUGAUGAUUCACAUAGUAUUCAAAAUGGCAUUUCCAAGGACUUGGAAUUUACAAGAGAAGGAUCAAAAAAAUUGGUGAAAAUUCGGGCCUUUGGAGAAGGGUUCUCCAUUUGGACCUGGAUUAGCUCUUCUAUCAAGUCUCAACUUGGGAAAUUGGGAAGAUAAAGGAGCCACCCUCCCAAUUAUCAAUGUAAAUUCAUAGCAUUUUAUUUUUAUCCUUUUUUUUGUGUGUGUAAAACAUGAAAUGCAUCAGUCUAGUAGUCAUAUUGUUUUGAAUUUUACAUGUAAAUGUAAUACACAUAGUUUUGCAACUGAUUAAACAUACCUGUAUACAUACAUCAUACGACAA